AUGACCAAGAUCCCAUCGUCUACCAGUCUGCCACAUGUUUCACCAGUUUCUCAUGCUAGUGACUUAGUGUUCUAUCCUUCAGCCGUGUCGACACUGGCACCAGUUCUGGACUUUGAAGCUAGCUCUGUGAAUCCUUGGAUUCCAGGCAGGCUGAGCCAACCGAAACAGAGGGACGUUGGGGAGGUAAAAGAAAAAGUUGAUGGGGAGGUAGAUGGUGUGGCCCAGGCUACCAGUUUUGGUAGCGAUGAAGGAGGAUCGAAGGGAAAUGGAGGAAAGUAUGAGACUUACGAGACGCCGAAUGAAGAUCAUUAUAGCCAGAAUGAUGGUCAGCAUAGUCAGGAGUACAGUCAGCAGGAGCAGAGUUCGAAUGGAAAUAGUGGAGAUAGUCGAAAUAGUCAGGAUGCUUAUAGCGGUGAAAGCAAAGAUGAUGUUCGCGGUGAAGGCACCCACGUAUCUUUGCAUAAGGGUCAGGGAGACGUGAAAGAAAAUGCAGGAGACGGUGGUGACGCAGGUGGCAAGGGGAGUGGAGGCGAUGACGAGUUUGAAGAGGGUGGUAAAGAAGAAAAACAGGAAGGGCAUGAAAAAACUGAGGGUCAAAAAGAGAAGAAGGGCUACAAGAGCCGGCACGAGCACGAGAAAGCCAAUAAGGGUCACCACGACAAGGAACGGCAGAACAAUUAUUACGAGGAGAAGGACGGUAAAGAGAAGGAACACAAUGAGGAGGGUGGCUAUCUAGAAGAACAUCAACAGGGCGAGGAGUCGGAGAAGAAGACCGAAUUCGACGAAAAGGGUGAACACCAAAAGGGUUACAGCACAAAGGGGGAACAUUCUGUGCACAAAAAGGACGAGUUCGAGAAGCGUACAGAGUUCUUCGACGAGUUCAACGAGGACAGCGAGACGGAGAACGACGGGGAGUUUUAUCAGGAUCACAAGAUGACGAAGGGCGGCAGUGAGAAGAUGAGUCAUCACGACAACGAGGACAACGUGGAUAAGUAUGGUAAGGAGUCCAAAUACGAGAAAGGUAAGCAAUACCACGAAGACAAAGGUCAUAAGACGAGCGAGGGUCAGGGCAAGUAUCACGAUCACAAGACCAUGCACGGGGAGAAGAAAGAUAACCAACAGGGGAAGAAUUGGUCUUAUAAGAACGGCGAUGACGGAAGUGCUGGUAAAAACGGUGACAAGUCCCAUUGA